AGUCCCCGUAAGCCUAGUUGACAACUCGCCUACUGUCCCUUUGUGACCAGCUUUUCGGCAGAAUGCCCGGUCUAUGCUUGUUUUGUCUCACUGCCGUGCUCGCUGCAUUCACACGGUUCGCGGAGACCGUGGGGACGGUGGUCCGAUGCGAGCCGUGUGACACCGUGGCUCUCAUGCAGUGCAAGCCUCUGGCAAAAGACUGCGCCGACAGGGUAAGGGAGCCUGGCUGUGGGUGCUGUCUGACGUGCGCCCUUGCAGAGGGUCAGGCGUGUGGAGUGUACACCGGACGCUGUGGCUCCGGGCUGACCUGUCAGCACCAACCCGGGGAGACCCGACCACUGCAAGCCCUGCUAGAGGGACGGGGAGCGUGCUCCAGCGUCGCGUCCAAAACACUCAGCCCCAUUCUGCUCCCCACAGAGAAACAAGAGAACGCAGGCAGGGAGCAGGUGGUGGCGGGGGAAGAGUUGCGUACCAAUGUCACCGUGAUGACUACCAUGGCGGUGGGUGUGGUUGUUGUUGAAGGCGGAGGCGGAGGCGGCAAACACCGAGUGGCGAUAGAGGCCAAACCGCCGCUGCAACCCAAGCUGGAUGUGAUCAAGAAGGAGCAGAAUAAGAAGAGCCAGAGCUACAAGAUGGAGUCAGGAUCUGGGGGAGUCAAAGCCAACAUUCCCAGGUUUUCUCUGGAGGACAAGAGGGAGACCGAAUAUGGCCCAUGCAGGAGAGAGAUGGAGAGCAUUCUGAACAGUCUUAAAAUCUCCAAUGUGCUCAUCCCCAGAGGCGUCCGCAUCCCCAACUGUGACAAAAAAGGCUUCUACAAGAAAAAACAAUGCCGUCCAUCCAAAGGGAGGAAGCGAGGUUACUGCUGGUGUGUGGAUAAGUACGGUCAGCCUCUCCCCAGCUACGAUGGAAAGGAGAGAGGAGAAUCCCAGUGCAACAACCUGGAGAACAAAUGAGAAGCAGAGAGAGAGUGGAUGGAUGGGGAGAAAGAACGAAGCAAGGAGGAGAGAGGAAUAGGAGAGAGACUUUUUUUCACUCCGGCCCUUCACAAAGCACAGUCAAAAGAGCGCCAGACUGUUGACCUCAGGUCACAUGACUGCCGGAUAGGGAAGGGGGGAGGGGGAAGGGAGUGAGAAGACUGGAGGAGCACAGCCUAUAGGCCAAGCCUUCUGUCCAUCGUCUAUAGCUAUCUGCUCUGUGCUAUGGGAACCUCCUCACCUUGUAUGAAAACAAGAGAGAAACUAAUCAUCUCCACUAUUCUUUUAGAGAGAGAUGGAGGGACUUUUCCACUGUAUUUAAAGGGUGAGUGACUGUGACCCAACUCAAUGUGUGUUUGUGUGUGUAUGCGUGUGUAAAUGCUGUCUUUCACUAAAGAUCAUUUUAGAGAUGUUAGAACACCCAAACCCAAAUCCAGCCCCCUUCCAUCCUGUCAUGCAGAAACUCCUCCUCUUUCUCAGGGUCCAUCAUUAUGAAGUGAAGGCUUAUGGUUUGGCCAGCCUCUGAUCUCUUUCAUGCCAUCUUGGACAACACUGGCCUUCCCCACUGUCUCCAAAGCAACCAGCUUGUCCAACCCGUUGUGCUGCGUCACAUUUACAGGUUUAGGGGGGAACGAAUGGAGACAGUGCCCAAUAACGGUGCCUUAAAACCCCACACUGCCCCCCUCACCCUCUCCGCCCUCUCUCCCCCAUCCCUAGCCCCUAUCCCUCCCUUUCCCAUAGUCCUUCCUUUGCCUUCUGCAGUCCUCAUAGGUGCUCACAUAGUUUUACCACCAUUCAGCCCUGGAGUCUGGUCUGAUUAGUUAGCUGGUGGGUUAGCCGAGCCUAGCUUAGCUGCCAAACCAUCACUCCUCCAGUCAGGAAAUAGGGCCAGCAUUGUUGUCAUAACAACUUGGUCCCUCUAUCUGCAGUCCUCUUCCUGUUUAUGGUGAGUAUGGCCAGUUGUAGGGUCCUUUAGACUGGGCAUGCUCGGUGAGACUGGAUUGCUCUCUCUUCAAUAGGUCCCCAUUCUUCGAGCCCAAGCGCAAUCACUUAAAGCACUUCAGCUGCAUCCAACCAACCAAUUUGGACCAAUUAUAAAUAAUUAGGUGGGUGCUUAUGUUUGUCCUGUUUAUUAUACAAGUGUGUAUUAUACACGUGAAAUUAGAAAUGUGUUUUUUGCAUAUCCCUACUCAACCUGAGACACCCUCGGAGAGUGAGGUCAAUGCCAGGUCUUCCAUUAUCAAUGGCAACCCCGGAUCAAUUAGUUAAGUGCCUUGUUUACAUCAACAGAUUUUUAACCUUGUCAGCUUGGGGAUUUAAGCUACCAACCAUUCAAACUAGCACAAAGCUUCUAACCGCUAGACUACCUGCCUCCCAUAGCAUAGCAAUAAUGCAGUACCUUUUCCAUAGUGGCAACAUUUGACAAGGUUUAUAGCACUGUAGAACAAAACAACAAGAAAUACAAUCAACAACAACACAAUAUAUAUAUAUAUAUAUGCUACACCAGGACUUCAGACAGUGAUCUUACUCAGCCGAGUAAAUGAACGGCACUCCUCAGAAUUUACAUGCAAUUCAAAGGGUGUUUUCUUUUUGUUUAUAUUGUUCUUGGAGAUGCUUGUAUGAUCUUAUGCCAACAACUCCGCAAGAUGGACACAGCACCAAAUAUGCACUCAAGAAGCAGACAGGGGGUCUGAGGAAAGGGGCGUGGUUCUCCUAGAGAUGCUUCCUGCUUUCUCUAUUGCGCUUUCACAUAUCCUGUGUCCAAAAUGGCACCAUAUUUGGAUGACAUUUCAGAUGCAGACUUUAACAGUGGAGAGUGCAUAAGAGGGAAUGCUAGCCCAGUAGCUUGGUUGCACUGAAUCAGUUACAAAGUAACUUUCAAAAAACAACCACAACAACUUCAAACCAACCUACCCGCUGGUACAAUAUGACAUUUUGUCAGAGCACUUCAUUUAACGGUGAGUUGCAUAAAAGUAUGUUUAAGCUAUUGCCCUGCCCCCUUCCCUGUUAUUUGUGUGUCUUUGUACUUAUUAUAAUUUAGUUCCUGGAAGCUAUGUGUCUGAAUAGACAUACAGUGCCUUCAGAAAGUAUUCAAACCCCUUAACUUUUUCCACAUUUUGUUAGGUUAUUCUAAAAUGUAUUAAAUAGUUUUUUUCCCUCAUCAAUCUACACACAAUACCCAUAAUGACGAAGCAAAAACAGGUUUUUAGAACACUUUGCAAAAAAAACUGAAAUAUCACAUUUACAUAAGUAUUCAGACCCUUUACUCAGUACUUUGUUGAAGCACCUUUUGCAGCAAUUACAGCAUUGAGACUUCUUGGGUAUGACGCUACAAGCUUGGCACACCUGUAUUUGGUGAGUUUCACCCAUUUUCUGCAGAUCCUCUCAGGCUCUGUCAGGUUGGCUGGGGAGCGAUGCUGCGCAGCUAUUUUCAGGUCUCCAGAGAUGUUCGUUUGGGUUCAAGUUCGGGCUCAGGCUGGGCCACUCAAGGACAUUCAGAGUCUUGUCCCGAAGCCACUCCUGCGUUGUCUUGGCUGUGUGCUUAGGGUUGUUGUCCUGUUGGAAGGUGAACCUUCACCCUAGUCUGAGGUUCUGAGGGCUCUGGAGCAGGUUUUCAUCAAGGGUCUCUCUGUACUUUGCUCCGUUCAUCUUUGCCUCAAUCUUGACUAGUCUCCCAGUCGUUGCCGCAGAAAAUCAACCCCACAGCAUAAUGCUGCUACCACCGUGCUUCACCGUAGGGAUGGUGCCAGGUUUCCUCCAGAUGUGAUCCUUGCCAUUCUGGCCAAAGAGUUGAAUCUUGGAUUCAUCGGACCAGAGAAUCUUGUUUCUCAUGGUCUGAGAAUCUUUAGGUGCCUUUUGGCAAACUCCAAGCAGGCUGUCACGUGCCUUUUACUGAGGAGUGGCAUCCGUCUGGCCACUCUACCAUAAAGGCCUGAUUGGUGGAGUGCUGCAGAGCUGGUUGUCCUUCUGGAAGGUUCUCCCAUCUCCACAGAGGAACUCUAGACCUCUGUCAGUGACCAUCAGGUUCUUGGUCACCUCCCUGACCAAGGCCCUUAUCCCUCGAUUGCUCAGUUUGGCCGGGCAGAUAGGUUUAGGAAGAGUCUUGGCGGUUCCACAUUUCUUCCAUUUAAGAAUGAUGGAGGCCACUGUGUUCUUGGGGACCUUCAAUGCUACAGAAAUUUCUUGGUACCCUUCCCCAGAUCUGUGCCUCGACACAAUCCUUUCUCAGAGCUCUACGGAAAAUUCCUUCGACCUCAUGGCUUGGGUUUUGCUCUGACAUGCACUGUCAACUGUGGGACAUUACAUAGAUAGGAUGGGUCUUUCCAAAUCAUGUCCAAUCAAUGUAAUUUACCACAGGUGGACUCCAAUCAAGUUGUAGAAACAUCUCAAGGAUGAUCAAUGGAAACAGGAUGCAUCUGAGCUCAAUUUCGAGUCUCAUAGCAAAGUGUCUGAAUACUUAUGUACAUGUAUUAAAAAUAAAUUAGCUAAAAUUCUAAAAACCUUUUUUCGCUUUGCCAUUAUGGGGUAUUGUCUGUAGAUUGCUGAAAAAAUGGUUUUAUUUAAUCAAUUUUAGAAUAAGGCUGUAACUUAACACAAUGUGGAAGCAGUCAAGGGAUCUGAAUCCUUUCCGAAGGCACUGUAUGUACUGUACAUAAAAUAAAGUAAAUAAAGAAGUAAUUUAUCUAAUAAAUAAUUAAAUGCUGAUCCAAACUAUGUUUUAUUUUCUUAUAAAGGAUUCAGUGACUUUCGAAUAGUAGAGGAGAUUGGGGUAAGACUAGCCAAAGGGUAAGUUGAAACCACCCUUGUUUCUAGGAAAAUAUACACAAAAUUAAUAAUUUGAACAAAUAUUUAGGAAGAGGUGAUCAUUUCAUGGAGUCUGUGAAGGAAGAAACCACGUGGAAAAAGUGGUGAGCAAGUUACGUCCAAAAAAACAGAUUUUUACCAAGUCAAAUGAAUUUCAUCCUGAAAUAUAUGUAGAUAUUUUUGUAAGAAAUAAUACUAUAUAUUUACCUUAAUGGGUGAUUACAUUCAAGUGAUGUUGAAUGUAAAAAAAAAAUGUCUCAACUUACCCCACUCUCCCCUACCACAAAGUGGAAGUUGAUUUAGUGUAUAAUUACUAAUUAAUGUUUAUAUUUUAAUUAACACUAUAUCUUCUGUUUCUCAGCAGUAUCAUUAUUUUGUAAACUCCAUACAUUUCCGGGUCUGUUGCCCACGGUAACUAUCAGUCUGUCACUCAGGUCACUGGUCUGUCUAAUAGGUGUAAAACAGAGUUGGGGUCAUUAUUGUUUCAAUGCACUCAAUACAGUAUUCUAAAGUUCUUAAUGAGCAAAAUGUUAAUUUCAAAAUGUUAACUUCCUGAAUUGACAGUGUGGCUAAACCCAAUCCUGUUGUGUUUUCCUAUGGGUCUGUCAUCCAGUGGAACUCUGUCAGUCAGUCGGUCACAACUCCACUACUUCUCUCUGUGCACGCCAACGUGCACACCAUGCCAUUCUGUCUCAGUCUGGGUCCACUGGUCACAUAAGAAUCUCUGUUGUUCACGGGUAAUUGUACUUUUUUUAAAAAUAUAUUUAUUUAUUCAAAUUGUAUCAUUUAAAGAGUUUUGAUUCUUUAAAGAAUAAAAGCUUUUCAUGUUACUAAACUAGAAAAUCACACAGCUAUUCUUUCCUUUGGGAAUGGAAAAUUAUUUUGUUCAAAUAUAAUGUAUAUUGA